AUGCGGUACCGCUGUCCUCUCCCCCGGCCCUCAGAACAGCUUUUCGAAGGUGCCCGGUGGGACUGCUCCCUGGAACAUCGCUGCCCGGGCCUGCACUCUGCCCCGGGCGACCAGGAAAGGGUGCCCUCCACCCACACAGCUCAGCCAGGCUCCCCAGGCUGGGCCCUAAACCUUCCAUCACCUCUGCUCUCACAGGUCAAAACGCAGCUGCAGGCCCAGACGGUGGCCGAGAUGGCUGUGGGGCACCAGCACCACCACCAGAGCGUCCUGGGCGCCUUGGAGACCAUCUGGCGGCAGCAGGGCCUGGCAGGUCUGUGGCGGGGUGUGGGCGGGGCUGUGCCCCGAGUCAUGGUUGGCUCAGCUGCCCAGCUGGCCACCUUCGCCUCUGCCAAGGCCUGGGUGCAGGAGCGACAGUGGCUCCCGGAGGACAGCUGGCUGGUGGCCCUGGCCGGAGGCAUGAUCAGCAGUGUGGCGGUGGUGGCGGUCAUGACCCCCUUCGAUGUGGUCAGCACUCGGCUGUACAAUCAGCCCGUGGAUGGAGCUGGCAGGGGCCGGCUGUACCGGGGCCUGGCUGACUGCCUGGUGAAGAUCUGGCGGCAGGAGGGACCCACGGCGCUCUAUAAGGGUCUGGGCCCCGCCUACCUGCGCCUGGGCCCCCACACCAUCCUCAGCAUGCUCUUCUGGGAUGAGCUCCGGAAACUGGCCCGGUAGGGCGGGGCCAGGGCAUCUAGGGCGCCCCUCACCCCACAGCCUGACACAGCCCGUCACCCCGCUCCAGCUGGGAAUGGCCAUCUCUCACCAGCCACAGGCCCAGGCUCUGCCCCGGGUCUGGGGAGAGCGUGGACAGCUGGUCAACCCACCAGCCCCGUGACCCACCAGCCUGCUGCGAAUCACCACCUCUGUUCUCCGGAAAGUCCUCCUCCCUUCCUUCUCUGCUUGGGGUUGCCUUGUCCCAGGGCCCCGAGCGCAGCCAUGAGCUGGGUCACUUACCUGCAUCAGCAGCUUCAACCUGAAACAACAGUGGGAGGUGACAAACCCUCUCACCAAGGAGCAAGCCGAGGCUCAGAAGGGUGAAGAGCUUUGAUCAAAGCCACACAGCGUUGAGAUGGCAGAGCCAGGGCCCCCACACCAUCCUGGAGCAACCCUGCCCAGCCCAGAACUGUGCCCUUGGCAAGGACCAGGACUCAGGGCGGAGUGUCCCCAAGGGAUCACUGCACACAGGAGGCCCUGGGUGCCCCGGGGGCGUGUCAUCUCCCGUGGCGGUCCGCCAGGGCUGCCGGAACAAAGUGCCUCAGACCAGGCGGCUAUAACCAUCGCCGGUGAUUUCUCCCAGUUCUGGAAGCCGGAAGUCCAAGAUCAAGGGGUCAGCAGGGUUGGUUUCUUCUCAGGCCUCGCUCCUUGGCUUGAGAUGGCGGACUUCUGUGUGUCCUUCCUUCUGUGCGUGUCUGUGCCCCAAUCUCAUCUUAUAAGGACCAGUCAUUUGGGACGAGGGCCACCCUAGUGACUGCAUGGUAACUUAAUCACCUCUGUAAAGACCCUUCUCCAUCUACAGCCACCCUCUGAGGUCCUGGGGUAGGAUUUCAUUAUAAUAAAUUGGGGUGCGGGGGGGGGGGAGACACAAUUCAGCCUGUCACCUCAACUAUGGCUCUCCUGAGGCCCUCCCAGUGCCCAGCACUGCGGGCAUUUUGCACAGAUCCUCAUGGCGACCCUGGGAAGGAGCCCUCAGGAUGCCUGUGGUUCAGAUGAGGAGACUGAGGCCAGGCUGGGGGAGUGGCUGGCCCAAGUGGAGGAGCAGAGCCAGGCAUCCUCCUCCGGCGCUUCCCCCAAGCUGCAGCCACACUCCCCGCGUGGGUGUCCCUCAGGCCGCGCUGACCUCUGUGCCACGGAGGUGGACGCCCAGGCCCAGCAGCCUGAACACCUUCCCUGCCAACACCUGCGCCUUGGAAAAGCUGCUCCCGGGGGCACGCCUACCAAC